ACGCGCGGUGAGGAAUUUAACUCAGUCCUGCUCUCCACUUUACAGCUCUCAAGGCGAAGAACUCCUACCGUUGUCCAGAAAAUCAUCUCAUCGUUGGCUUUACUUAAUCAAUCAAAUGUGGGCGUUGAUACUUUAAAUUAAAUUGUGUCUGUUUCUUCUGACAACCCUUGAUAUUGCGCCAUGCUUACCUUACCUUCCUACAGUAUAUUGGUGUUUCUGACAACGACUGCCCGCCCGUCACUCCACGACCGGGAUUCUCAAAGCAAGUAUGACGCAAUACUUAAUAGCAAUAGUAGGAGUGUUACUGGUGACGGUGAAGGCUUACGGGUCAGCCCAACCUCCUGAGGCCACGGUAGAGGUGCAGCUAAAACAAGGCAACAUCAUAGGGUUCAGGGAAGAGGCUGGGGAAGGAAGGUAUUUCUACAGCUUUAAGAGUAUCCCUUAUGCCCAGCCUCCCGUCGGUGACCUCAGGUUUAAGGACCCGAUUCCUGCAGGUGGGUGGACGGAACCUAGGAAUGGCUCCCUACCCCUUCCUGCCUGCCCCCAGAGCCUUGGCUUAGGCUUGGGAAACGAGGAAAAUGUGACAGGGAGCGAGGACUGUCUCUACCUCACUGUCUAUACUCCUUCACCUCAUGCAUCUGGAUUGCCUGUGAUGGUUUGGUUCCAUGGCGGCGGAUUCAACUCAGGCUCUGGGGAGCUGUACACCCCUUUUCCCCUCCUCACCAGAGACAUCGUCCUCGUCAUCGUUCAGUAUCGACUAGGAACUCUGGGUUUCCUCUCGACGGAGGAUUUAGUACUGCCGGGUAACUUGGGGCUGAAGGACCAGACGCUGGCCCUCCGCUGGGUGCAGGACAACGUCCAGGACCUUGGCGGUGACCCAACCACGGUCACCAUCUUCGGGGAGAGUUCUGGGGGUGGCUCUGCUCACCUUCAGAUGCUCACACCAUACGCCAGGGGGUUGUUCAACCGGGCCAUCCUACAGUCAGGCUCGGCCUUGAGUCCUUGGGCCGUGAGUGAGGGUCACAGACAGGUGGCCAUCAAGGUGGGUAACAUCUUCAACUGCUCAGACUCGAGUCCAUCCUCCACCGCCCUGGACAGCACCCAGCUUCUCGCCUGCCUCCAGAGAAUCCCUUUUGAGAAACUCGUGCCUGUGGCUAACACCUUUCGCGUGUGGUACGUACAGCCUCUGGUAAUGACACCUAGAGUGGACGGAGACUACCUGCCAGACCACCCAGCCACACUGAUAAAGACUGGAAGAUUCAACAAAGUGGACCUUAUCUCCGGUCACACCCAACACGAAGGAGCCAUGUUUGCUGCCCUUAUCAAGACUGGUUUGAAAAAGGAAGCGGAGAAGUUGGAACGUGAAUUUACAACAGCUGGGCCAGCAUCGUUGUAUUAUGGGGCAUGGGAAGAGUCUCCAGUGUACAUGGCUCGUCGUGCCUACUACCAUUAUCUCGGGGAAACAAAAUUAUCAGGGGAAAAAAUUGAGGAAAUAAAUCAAAUGAUAACUGACGGAAUCGUAAGAGUUCCCCAAGAGGAAUCUGCUCAGCUACACACGACCUGGUCAAAACCUCACUCAGUGUUUAAGUAUGAGCUGCAACACCGUGCACAAUACAGCAUUUCUGAUCUCGCCAAUGCAACGACAGCGAUUCCAAAACACUGGGUGAGUCACGGAGACGACCUGCUCUACAUCUUCAAUAUAACAAUUAACAACAUAACCAUGUCUCUGGGACGACCUGCAGACCUCUUCUUGAGGGACGUAAUGCUGACUCUAUGGACCAACUUCGCUGCUACUGGGAACCCGACACCUGACGGCUCGCUCGGCUUCAGAUGGUGGCCGACGACCCAGUCACGUCAGUGGUACUUGGCCCUCACCACCUCCCCCACCAUGAGGGACGACCUGCCCGAUAAGGCUCUGGAGUUCUGGAAGAACAUGCCAACAAAGAGGAACAAGUUGCUGUAUCCUGAACGUUUCACGAAGAACGAAACUUCCGGAAGUUUGACCUGCACCAAUAUGUAGAUAGAGAGAACUCUCUCGUGAAUGCUCACCUUUAAAACUUUUUGUUAUAAAGUCACAAGAGCUUCACCCUGGCGUGUCAACCUCGUCACUGUUAUUUGUGUUGUAUUAUUAUCAUCAAACAGUAUUCCUUCACCUCACCAGCAACUAUUAGAUGUAAAGUAAAGUUCCAGUGAGUUUUGACUCGAUAUAAUCACUUAAACUCAAUUCGUAUUUUAGAUUUGUCCUUUGUUUUCAGACUGUAUUGUCUGGUCAGAGUAAGCAUUCUAUGAUAGUUCUUGUAUCCCUAAGGUGCUGGGGAAGAACGUGUGUCUGGAGUCCUUGGCUGGAAUACAUGAACUUGCAGAUAA